AUGUCUGAUUCAGAACAGCGCUCAGAGGCUGCCAUCGCCAAGAAGCUCCAGGAUGUGGUCAUCUCACUCCACAAGGCUGGCAAUACAGACGACCUGACCGUCAAGCGCGUGCGGACGCGUGCAGAGGAGCAGCUCGGCCUACCAGCUGGCUUCCUCAAAGCCGCUGACUGGAAGCAGAAGAGCCAAGAUGCUAUUAUGGAGGCAGUCGACAAGUACUGCGGCGAUGAGCCAGAGCCAGAGCCAGUCAAGGCUGCACCGAAAGCUUCAAAGCCCAAGGUGCCUGCGAAGAAACCUGCACCGGCAGGCGACAGCAAGCAAGGCGCCAAGCGAAAGGCACCAGCACCCAAAAAGCAGCCCCAGAAGCGGAGGAAGACCACGUCUUCUGAGGUCGAGCUGUCAGACGAGCUCUCUGAUGCAGACAGCGAACCUGAGAAGAAGCCAGCUCGAAGAGCAAAGAACGUCGUAGAGGAGGACUCGGACGAAGAAGAGGCAGCGCCAAAGAGGCCCAUCAAGAAGACAAAACCUGUCGUUGACGACGAAGACGACAGCGACGCCGAGCCCACGACAACACCACCACGCGCUGCGAAUAAGGACGACGUGUCAGAGAGCGAGCUAUCGAGUCUGCUUGACGAGUCACCAGCAAAGAGCAAGCGGCAGAAAAAGGCACCCGCUGCGAAGAAAAAGGAGCCUGCGAAACCAAAGCCCAAAGCUGCGAGCAAAGCCGCCGAUGACCCAGACCAGGCCGAGAUCAAGCGGCUGCAAAGCUGGCUCGUGAAAUGCGGAAUCCGCAAAGUCUGGUCCAAGGAAUUAGCCAAAUUCGACACAUCAAAGGAGAAGAUCAGACAACUCAAGGAAAUGCUGUCAGAUGCCGGCAUGGACGGCAGAUUCUCUGACGAAAAGGCCGCCAAAAUCAAGGAGAAGCGCGAGUUUGCCAAAGAUCUCGAGGCAAUACAAGAAGGCGAAGCCUCAUGGGGCAACACCGAGGACACAGGUGGCCGGCCGCGGCGCAGAGCUGCCGCUCGCCCUGCUGCGCCCGUCCAGAAAAUCGAGUUCAGCGACGACUCGGAAGAAAGCGAAGAGAACAACGACGAUGGAGAUGAUUCUAGCGAGGACGAUUUGACCGACGAUGACGGUGACGACGGCAAAGGGGCGUCUGAAGACGAUGCGGGCGACGACAGCGCUGCAGACGAUUCCGAGUAG